UCAAUGGAGGGCAGAGUAAUUUGCCAGCAUACAUUUUACCUAUUAUUCAGGGAUCGAACCAGCGACUGGCGUAUCUGUGGGCGUCAGUGGGCGUAGUACAAGUUUGGUACGCAAAUCACCAGGCGUGUCCUGUCUGUCGUUGCCCUAAACUUUAAAGGAAUACGUCGCAAUGUUGUAAAACCAUUGAAUUAGGGGAAUAUUGAAUCCUUUAUAUCAAUAAGGAUCUCUAAAAGCGGCAUGUAAUUAUGUUGUAGGUAUUAGAUAGAAUCGAAAAGCUACAUAUCGCAUAAUUGUAUCGCCUAUCAGAUGUUGGACAUACAUUCGUCACGGUAACUUUCUUUUAUGGUAACACGAAAUCAGUAAACAUCGGGCGUUCUAUUCAGUCAGAUUAUUUAGGAUAAGUAUGUGUCUAAACUAGAUUAUACAGUAGAAUCUUCGAUGGCGUUCGUUUACAGUUGCUGUUUUUGGUUUUCGUUGAGAUUGGGUGGAAUACUCAUUGGCAUAUUUUCAGUGUUUCAGGGACUGAUAGCUUUGGCCGGUAACUGUUAUGCUCAUACACACACAAAGCAACUCAAGGAACAAAUCACUUAUUGGACAAAUAAUUUUGAUUUAAUUAAUUUGGCACAUUAUUUAGAAUAUAUUAAAGAUGAUCCCGGAAAAUACACAUCUCUUGGCAUUACAAUUUCAUGCAUUUAUAUUAUUGUAUGCCUAUUAUUUAUUUAUGGAGCUUAUACGUGUAACAACACGCUGAUGAUUCCUUACAUGGUGAUGGAGACCACACGGCUCGUGUUGCUGUCCAUAUUGAUAGCUAAUUUUCUCUUCUUACUGAAACAGAACACUAUGGACAUUGGCCUUCUCAUCGGAGCCAGUGUGGGGUCAGGAUUUUUUCUUUUGGGAAUGUUUUAUUUAUGGGUAUGUGCCGUAAAUUUACCCAUAGUGGUAAACGAAAUAAAACUAGAUGAACAAGCGGCGACAAUACGCAAACUUAAACAAAUUCUAGAGAACAGUAACCAGAGAACGUUUGCUGACACAGUUGAUAAUCUGCCGUAUGCUACUGAUUAUGGUCAGCCUCGUAAUAUGAUGUUCAUUGUGUCCAGAAACGGCUUGAUUAAGUCUUAAGUAAGAGAUUAAGAAUUACUUAAUCGAUAAUAACCUGUGAUAAGUGUGAAGGAACAUAAUAAAAUUUUCUCAAAGUUUC